UUUGUUUUAACAAUAUAAAUCUUUUAUUUAGAGCAAUAGGCACACAUACAUUCUGCUGCAUUGAUCCAGGAGAUAUAAAAUGGAUAUCCGUAGUUUCUUUGGUUCAGGAAGCAAAUCAAAGUCAUCCGUUUCAAGCGAAGAGGAGAAAUCAAAGAAGAAACCAAAGAAGAAAAUAAAGAAGGGAGUGUUGUUCGAUUCAGACAGUUCAGAUGAAAAUCCUCUUCCUACUAAAGUAAGAAAACAACUUAAUUCAUCUGAUAUUAUUCCUGACUCGGAGGAUGAAAGCUCAAAGACGAAAAAAGUUCGUCGUAAAAAGCGAACAAUCAAAGAAGUGAAUGUAAACUUGAAAGAAACCACUCCAUCAAGUUUUUUUGGUAAUUUCAAACCAACUCCUGAAAAAAGUCGAAUUCAAAAGCGAAAGAAUUCUGAUGGGAAAGCAGAGAGCAAGAACAAACUUCCUAAAAAAGAGCCAGUUGAUGCAUUUGAUGAUCUUGAAGAUGUUCUUCCCAAGGAAGUUAAUGAACAAAUAAAAGGUGGAUCAACUGUUGCAAGUAAACUUGCUAAGGCAGCGAGUGCAAGAAUGAAUGAUGUUGAUAUAAAAACAGAAUCAAAAUUAAGAAAAAGUCAACCCAAGAAAACUUCUUCUGAUAAAAGUAAACAGAUUAAAGAGGAACCUUCAGAAAGUAAAACUGUGAAAACAAAAGUGGAUAAAAUCGUUAAAGAAACAGAAGAAGUCAAAUCACGAAAAACUUCCGAGACAAAACUAACUCCUAAAAAGGUGACACCAGAGAAAAAAACUGCUUUGACAGAAACUGAACAGUCAAGUGCUAAAAAAGAACGAUUUAUGAAAUACAAGCAGUGGCAAAAUAGAGGUGGACCUCCAAAUCCAGGAUCAAAAGAAAUUCCAAAGGGUGAAAAGAACUGCAUGGAAGGACUUAGUUUCGUUAUCACUGGAGUGCAGGAUUCACUCAGUCGUGAGGAGAUCAAAUCACUUGUGGAAAGAUACGGUGGUAAAGUUGUUAGCGCUGUUAGUGGCCGAACUUCUUACUUGAUAACUGGAACAGAUGCUGGAGAAUCAAAGUUAAACAAGGCAAAGCAGCACAAGACGAAAAUAAUUGAAGAAGAUGAAUUUCUUGACCUGAUCCGAACUUUAAAGGGGAAAAAAUCAAAAUAUGAUGUCUAUGAGAGUCCUGUAAAGACAAAGAAAAGUCCAAAGGCAGAAACUGCCAUAAAAAAAGAAAGUAUCACAAAGUUACCAUCCACGCAACCCAAGAAAAGUCCCAAACCACCCAAAAUCGAAAUGUCGUCCAGUCAGUCAAGUCAAACCUCGGCUAACUCCCAAGGGUCGUUGUCAUCUUUGCCCGCAUCCCAAAAGCUUGUUGCUGGUAACAACACCCACCAAUUGAUGUGGGUUGACAAGUAUAAACCUAAAACGAUUAAACAGAUAAUUGGCCAGCAAGGGGCAAGCAGCAAUAUGAACAAACUGUUGCAGUGGUUGAGAAACUGGCACUCAAACAACAGAACAGCAACUGGGAAGUCAAAACCGAAGCCGAAAACAAAUCAGUGGGGAGGUGGUGACCCAACAGGGGUGGGUUUUAAAGCCGCACUGCUCUCUGGACCACCUGGUGUUGGUAAAACUACAACAGCUACAUUGGCUUGCCAAGAAUUAGGAUUUUCUUUCAUUGAACUAAAUGCAAGCGACCAACGUAGUAAACGAACUUUACAAGAAGAUGUUAGCACGUCACUUCAAAAUACAAGUAUUUCGGAAAUCUUUGGCUCAAAGAGUGGUAAAUGUCAAACCCAAACAGACCAUGUGAUGCUAAUGGAUGAAGUCGAUGGGAUGGCUGGUAAUGAAGACAGGGGGGGAAUGCAGGAACUUAUUCAACUUAUUAAACAAACUAAGAUACCAAUCAUAUGCAUGUGUAAUGAUAGAUCAACUCCAAAGAUGCGAUCGCUCACGAACCACUGCUUCGAUCUGAGGUUUCAGCGUCCACGUGUUGAGCAGAUCACGGGAGCAGUGAUGAGCAUUUGUCACAAGGAACGACUCAAAGUUGAUCCUCCAUCUGUGCAAGCGAUUAUCCGAGGAUGUAACCAGGAUGUUCGACAGGUUCUUCAUAACCUGAACAUGUUAAAAGCGAGUGUUAAGUCAUUAACUUAUGAUGAUGCAAAGAAGCAUGCAGACAACACACACAAGGAUGUCAAUUUAGGGAUAUUCGAAAUUGCAAGAAAGCUUUUAUCUGAAUCAUCUUCUCUUUCAAUCAUUGACAAAAGUUCUUUGUUCUUCAUGGAUUAUUCGAUGAUUCCGAAGUUUAUUCAAGAUAAUUAUCUUCAUAUUCAUCCCUUUGCUGCUAAGGGUGAUACGAAGAAGCAUUUGCAUUUGUUAAGCAAAGCAGCAGAUUGCCUUGCAACAAGUGACCUCAUCGAAUCCACCAUGCGUAGUAGUCAAUCAUGGUCGUUACUUCCAACCCUUGGCAUGAUGUCAACUGUCCUACCAACCACCAUCAUGAAUGGUUCAAUGCAUGGGAUGAUCAACUUUCCAUCUUUCUUUGGAAAACUUUCAACCACAGGCAAGAAUCAUCGUCUUUUACAAGAGUUAAAGUUCCACUCUUCAUUGGUAACGGGAGGAGCACAAGAAGAAACUCUUAACCUGGAUGUUUUAACUUAUCUGAGAUGGCAUCUAUACCGUCCCCUACAGGAGCAAUCGCAAACCGGUUCAAAUGAAGUUCAUCGCAUAACAAAGUUAUUAGAUGAUUAUGAUCUCACUAGGGAAGAUUUUGACAGUAUUAUGGAGAUCGGUCAAUUCCAGGGCAAACCAAAUCCACUAUCUAGUGUUGAUUCCAAAGUAAAGGCAGCUUUCACAAGAUUAUACAACAAAGAAAGUCACAUGAUACCGUAUGCAGUAACGUCUGCAACUGCUGCCAAGAAGAAACGCAAAGUAGUUGCUGAAGAUGAAUUAGAUGAGGAAGGAAAUUCACUACUUAUUAAUGAAAGUGAGGAGGAAGAAGACAUGGGAGCAGAUGGGAUGAUUAAGCAAUCUAAAAAGAAAGCAGCUCCAAAACCACGAGCAAAGAAAGCAACAAGUAGUGCUGCUGCUUCUACGAAGAAAUCGAAACCACGCAAGAAAUGACACUAAUUGCACAUAAUUCAUAAUACUGCCAAAAAGUUUCAUCUCAUUUAGUAUUAUGCUCUAUCAUUGUCAUUGAUCAACAAAAAGAAAUUCUGCAAAAUACAACUGAUAAUCCAGAUA